AAAAUUGAUCUAUUUCUUCCUUUAGAAUGUAUAGAAAUUUUAUUCUACCCUUUUUUCUUUUUAGAUUUGCUUGGUUCAAAGGUAUUUAAUGUUGUUCAAAAUGAUAUGAAUGGAAACAUUGAGAAAAUUAGGAAAUGUUAUGAUGCUGACCCAACAAAGAGUCAUACUCUCGAAAAGCUGGUGAUUGACGAACAAGGUGAAAAGAAACGUCCUGCUACUGAUCCUACUCAUAAAUGAUUGGAAUUUACUUCAGUAGCAUUAGGACGUUCUAUUAAUGAUGGAAAUGAUGAACUUUCAGUUUCUUUUAUAGUGUUACUUUGAAACCAUUUCAUGGAAUGGUCGUCCGACCUAUAUUUGCAUUGGCAAUGAAAGCUUGUCCUUAUCGUAAAGAUUUUUUUGUGAAAAAGU